AUGUUAACAGUUUACACAUGCCAUCAACACCGCCCGCCCGUUUGCUGCACGACGCCCGCCGCCCACCACCCGGCCCUCAGUCCAACUUACAUCUGCUCGGGAACUGCCGAACACUCAUCACUUCCACCAAGCAAAGAACUCGAGAUCGGCAGCCCUAAAUUCGCUCCCCUCAUGGCGAUCACGGACAUCGCUCCCCUCAUGGCGACCACGGACUUGGCUCCCCUCAUGGCGACCACGGACAUAGCUCCCCUCAUGGCGACCACGGACAUGGACAUAGCUCCCCUCAUGGCGACCACGGACAUAGCUCCCCUCAUGGCGACCACGGACAUAGCUCCCCUCAUGGCGACCACGGACAUAGCUCCCCUCAUGGCGACCACGGACAUAGCUCCCCUCAUGGCGACCACGGACAUAGCUCCCCUCAUGGCGACCACGGACAUAGCUCCCCUCAUGACGACCACGGACAUAGCUCCCCUCAUGGCGACCAUGGACAUCGCUCCCCUCAUGGCGACCACGGACAUAGCUCCCCUCAUGGCGACCACGAACAUAGCUCCCCUCAUGGCGACCACGAACAUAGCUCCCCUCAUGGCGACCACGGACAUAGCUCCCCUCAUGGCGACCACGGACACAGAUCCCCUCAUGGCGACCACGGACAUAGCUCCCCUCAUGGCGACCACGGACACAGAUCCCCUCAUGGCGACCACGGACAUAGCUCCCCUCAUGGCGACCACGGACGUCGCUCCCCUCAUGGCGACCACGGACAUCGCUCCCCUCAUGGCGAUCACGGACAUAGCUCCCCUCAUGGCGCCCACGGACACAGAUCCCCUCAUGGCGACCACGGACACAGAUCCCCUCAUGGCGACCACGGACGUGGCUCCCCUCAUGGCGACCACGGACAUAGCUCCCCUCAUGGCGACCACGGACAUCGCUGCCCUCAUGGCGACCACGGACAUCGCUGCCCUCUCCCUACCGGCGACCGUACCACCUGAGGUUACAAGGACCUGCUCUCUGCCUCCCCGAAGAGCCCCUUGCCCAACCUCGACCAAAUCUCGUGCCCAUUAUUUCACUAGAGCCGCCUUCCUGUUAUCAACUGAACCAUCUCUAUUCAGAAAACUUUUCAUCAAGAGCAACGGCGAUUUCGCACUCCGCUUAAGGUUACACAACGCCACUCUGUGUACUAGUUGUACUAAUCCUGUUACUAAGAACACUCUCCUUCCCCCGCUGCCCUACCCUUAUGCCCAACCAAAAUCUCCUCCCGCGCGCCAUAUGGACACCACGACCCAUUCCCCAAUGCCCUCCGUCGCCGCCUGA